AAGUGUAUCUAGUGACAAAGGAAAUGAUACCGUGGAGUGAAGCGAUCUGUUUUCAUAACGUUCUGAAACCACGUAAUUUAAUAUUUCCCGUUUCAGUUUAAUGUAUCAUGAAGCACAUCAAGCAUGAGACUACAGGCCAACUCGAAAUUCAAUGACAACCCCUAAAGCAGCAAGAGCUCGAAAAGACUCGUGAACUGCGACACACUUUACGUCGGGUCAAAGAGGAUGUGGCCGAACUCAGGAAUCAGGUUGUGAAGCCUUUCCCUUUUUGCUGCCAAUUUUACGUUUGUGCUAAUUGUCUUCCAUUGAAGCGGAAGGGGAAAAAAAACCAUAGCUGCGUGAAAAAAGAAAUUCCUACUUCAUUUCACGUUUCCCACAGCUAAUUACUUUUAUACGAUUUGCGAUUACAAAAGAAUUAAUUUGACCAAUUCAUAACUGUGUCAAAACUAUGAGUUACCCAUUACAGUCCCAUGCAGCUACCACGCGGCGAUUACAUGUGGAGAUAUCUAAGGCUGUGACCGUCAAAACCUAGAGAAGCACCAUUGAUACAAAAUUUCUAAAAAUACUUUGAUAGCUUUAAUCAUUCGAGGAGCAAAUUGCAGCGGUGUGAUAAAUUCUUAAAAGACUGGGGAAUUGUAAAGAAAGUCACUGCCUCUUGAACUUGAGAAAUACUGUGCCUUUAAGAAACGCGGUGGAAGAUUUGAAGUCACCUCCUUUCUUUAGACGUCUUGGAAUCUAUCCUAUAACAGACGAGCUCGCAUGUUACGAAAAAUGGCUUUCCUGUACGGGAGGUGAAGACUUGAUCUUCCAACGAGGUGAAGACCUACUUUUUAUUUAAACCGAAGAUCGCAAUCAUAAAAUUUAAAGUGUGAUAUUGCUGAAGUUUUGACCAACCAUACGAUAUGGAAUUCGAAGAUAUACUUUUAGAAGUUGGUGACUAUGGAAAAUACCAAAGAAACUUGUUUUUGAUCUUCCUUGUGCCCGCAGCAUCCUUGCUUCCAUGGUUUUCCAUGAAUAUUUUGUUCAUGGUGUCUGCUCCUGACCACUGGUGUUAUGUACCAGAAGUAGCCGCAUCUAAUUUAAGCAUCUCUGACCAAAGAUCUUUAAUAAGUCCGCCAGACAGUCCAUCUUGUUAUAUGUAUGAUAUUAAUUACACAGAAUACCUAUCUGCUGGUAUCUACAAAGUGCCCAAUGAUACCACAACAAGGCCCUGCAAUCGAGGCUGGCAGUAUGAUAAAACCGAUUUUGAAUCUACAGCUGUCACUCAGUGGGACUUGGUUUGUAACGAUGACCAUUACAAAAGUUUCAUUCUAACGAUGUUCAAUGUUGGAAGCAUUAUUGGAACUCCAAUUUACGGAGCUCUAUCAGACAGGAUUGGUCGAAAAAUAACGUUUUUCAUCACAAUCCUUGUUACAGCUGUAACUGCUAUAGCCUCUGUUCUGAUGACAAACUUCACCGCAUUUGUGGUUAUUAAAACCAUAAAUGGCAGCCUCAUGCCGUCUGUGUUCCAGCUUCCGUACAUCAUAAUUCUAGAAAUAGUAUCUCCAGAAAUGAGAACUCGCAUGAAUGGUGUCGUAAACUGUGCUUGGACAUUUGGUUUGUGCUUCCUACCAUUAAUCGCUUAUUUAUCCCGAAGUUGGGUCACUCUAGGUGUGGUUACUUCCUCAGUAACUGUAAUAUAUUUGCUUUACUGGAAAUACCUUCCAGAAUCUCCUCGAUGGCUAGUUUCUCAAGAAAGGUACGAAGAAGCCGUGGUCAUCAUGCAGAGAAUUGGUAAAAAAAAUGAAAAAGUUGAAGACAAGAAUGUUCUUUUGAAUAAGUUACAGAAAUUGGGAGAGAAGAUCAAGAAAGAAAAGCAAGUAGACGGAGUGAAAAAUUCUUCAUCAGAUCUCUUGAAAUAUCCUCAACUUCGAAAAAAAUUUAUCAUUAUAACGUUUUGCUGGAUGGCUGAUAUCAUGGCUUAUUAUGGUCUCCAGUUAAACGUAUCCAACUUAGCGGGCAAUGAGUUCGUCAACUUUUUCUUGAUGGCUUUGGUUGAAAUUCCAGGUUAUUUGACAAGCUGGGUGUUUAUGGAACGUAUUGGAAGAAGGUGGUGCACUGUUGGCGGUUUCAUCCUCACGGGGCUCAUAUGUAUGUUACCUUCCGUAGAGUUUCCUUACGGAGACGUUGUGUGCUCUUUGAUUGGUAAAUUCUUUGCAGCAGCUACUUUCAUGGCAACAUAUCAGCAGAGUUCCGAACUUUAUCCUACCGUAGUUCGAUCCCUAGGCAUGGGUAUGAGCAGUACUGUUGCUUUCGUAGCCACACUCAUUGUGCCUUACCUCGUUUAUCUUGUAAGUAUUUGUACUUGAUGUAUGCAUGAUAUG